ACUUUGCACAAAUGUUGAAUAUACCUGAUGACGAUUUCAAGUUUUCUAGCGGUUGGUUGUCCAGAUUUAAAAAGAGACAUGAGCUUAAACAAGUCAAAAAACAUGAAGAAUCUGCAUCAGCAGAUCAU